UCCUAUAAACAUGCUCUUGACUUUCCUGAGGCAGAGCCACCUGGUGGGCCCGCACCGUCCCCUCCGGCACGCUGCAGGAUAACAGCAUGCUUUCAGGCAGACCGCUGAGCAUCUGUGCCUUUAAAGCUCUGUGAAGCGCGCGCCUCUGUUAGAGCCCCGCUGUCAAACUUCCCACAAGUCCGACGUUGCUCGGCGAGCGCGAGCGCGAGCUACCUUGACCAUUGCGGCACUGGCUCACCCUCACAGCUAGACCCAUGGAAUACUAACUAUGGAAUACCUCUGGAUACUGCUGUUUGUGUUUUUAAAGCUAAGCUUCCAGCCAGGCAACUCCAAGCCCACGAUUAUCCCCGACAAGACCCACCUUGUUGUCCUGCUCAACCAGCCCAUCGCACUGGGCUGCAAAAGUGAAAACAGGACACUGUGGUUGCGAGAGAAUCGGAACAAGCCUCUAAAAGCAACACGAAGUGAUGGGAUGUGGACAAUACAUUACCCCAAGGCUUCAGCUUCCCAUAUGGGCCGCUACCUCUGCCGGGACGACAAAACCCACGAGGAGGCCUCCAUCUUCGUCUACGUGAAAGAUCCUGAGAAUCCUUUCAAAAAACCACUGAUGUCCAGCAUUCUUGUUCGUGAGGGAGACACUGCUUCCAUCUCAUGCUACCCAACGGAUCCAAGUCUGAGCAAUAUAACUCUGGAAACGUGCUCUGGAGAAGCCCUAUCCCCUGGUCUCCAGUAUUCAACGAGCCUGGAGCAAGGCAUCAUCCUCCACAACAUAAAAAAGACUUAUGAGGGUUGCUAUGUCUGCACAGGGAUACUUCAGGGAAGACACGUCAGAUCAGAGAAAUACUCCCUGACAGUUAAGCCAGUACCUGUUGCUCCUCCUGUAAUCCAGAUGCAGCAUCCCAGGAGAAUCAUUCUAACUCGAAAUCAGAGUCUGUCAAUCACCUGCAGUGCCACUAAUGUCAAUGGCGCACUCAAGGUGAAGUGGGUGCCACCACCUGGCUCGGGUGCCGUCUGGUAUCCACAGCAACAACCAAAGGUUGAUGGCGCUGCACGUAUCCUGAUGACGAACUACCUUCAUGUGCACAGUGCCACACUGCAUAUAGCGGAAGUGCAUCCACGAGAUGCUGGGAGUUACAGAUGCGAAGCUGGAAACGAAAAAGGGAACAGCACGCAGUCAGUGUGGCUGGACGUUUAUGAAAGGGGAUUUAUCAGCUUAUCACCAAUCCACAACAGAACCUUCUAUGUCCGUUCGGGCGAGAGUUUGUCCCUGAACGUUAGCAUGGAGGCGUACCCAAAGCCGCACACCAUCUCUUGGAGCUCCAUGGGCCACAAACUGAAAAACACCAGUGAACACGUCAUCAGCACGCACAGCAAAGACUACAGUUACAGCAGCGAGCUGAGGCUGGUGCGGCUCAAAGUAGAGGAAAGUGGCAUUUAUACAUUCGAAGCGUCCAACAGCGAAGUGUCGGUAAAUCAGACCUUCACCAUCUUUGUGAUCAGUAAGCCUGAGAUUACAUCUCAUGAGGGCCCAGUGGAUGGACAGGUGCGCUGUGUGGCCAAAGGGUACCCUGCCCCCCAGAUCAAAUGGUACUACUGUGAGCAAUAUGUCAGGUGCUCCCAGCAGACGAAUGCCACCCAGGAGGAACGCAACGUCAAAACCAUCACGUUGGUCAGCCCCAAGUUUGGACAGACGGAAGUGGAGAGUCAAGUGAACGUCAUCAAGGGACGGUUUAACACGCUGGAGUGUGUCGCAACAGCGGAGGGAGAACAAGCCUAUAUACUGUUUUCUGUCAGCGAGAAAAGAGUUAUGCAUGACCUGUUCAGUCCUAUGCUAAUUGGCUUCAUAUCAGCAGCAGGCAUCCUCUGCCUCAUUGUUAUCAUGCUGUUCUACAAGUACAUGCAGAAACCCAAAUACCAGGUUCAGUGGAAAGUCAUUGAGGGAAUCCAUGGGAACAACUACGUGUACAUUGACCCCACACAGCUGCCGUACGAUCACCAGUGGGAGUUCCCUCGGAGCAACCUGCGCUUCGGGAAGACACUUGGAUCGGGCGCAUUUGGGAAAGUGGUGGAAGCCACCGCAUAUGGACUCUCCAAUGCUGACACCGUGAUGACGGUGGCAGUGAAAAUGCUCAAAUCAAGCGCUCAUGCCACAGAGAAGGAGGCACUGAUGUCAGAGCUGAAAGUCCUCAGUUACUUGGGAAACCACAUAAACAUUGUCAACCUGCUGGGAGCCUGCACUGUUGGAGGCCCUACGCUGGUGAUCACAGAGUACUGCUGCUUCGGAGACCUUCUCAACUUUCUCCGGAGGAAGAGAGAAUCUUUCAUCACCUAUAAGUUUGAGGAAAACUACUACUAUCGCAACCUCAUGCAACAGAGAGUGGCAGAUGGACCGUGCGUGGGAGACUAUUUGGACGGCAGGACUCGGCUCAGACCAGACUGCUCCUUUCCUCUUCACAGUGACAGCUUGAACGGCUACAUGAGCAUGAGGCCUUCUGUCGCUGGCAACCCACCAUCGAGCUCGUCCUCUGAGCGGAGACAGUCACUACGCAAAGGUGGCCAAUACAUGGAGGCCGACGGAGAAGGCGAAAUGUUCGACGAAGAUGAUUUGUCUCUGGAUACUGAAGACCUCCUCAGCUUCUCAUACCAAGUGGCCAAAGGCAUGGAGUUCUUAGCUUCCAAAAAUUGUAUUCACAGAGACCUUGCUGCCCGAAACAUCCUACUGACUCAAGGAAGAGUGGCAAAGAUCUGUGACUUUGGCCUAGCUAGAGACAUCACCACGGACUCAAACUAUGUCGUCAAGGGGAAUGCCCGCCUGCCGGUGAAGUGGAUGUCCCCAGAAAGCAUCUUCGAGUGUGUGUAUACGUUUGAGAGUGACGUGUGGUCGUAUGGCAUCCUGCUCUGGGAAAUUUUCUCCCUGGGAAACAGUCCUUAUCCUGGUAUGCCCGUGGAUGCCAAGUUCUACAAACAGAUAAAAGAAGGAUACAGAAUGGACGCGCCUGAGUUUGCGCCCAGCGAAAUGUAUCAGAUCAUGAGCUCCUGCUGGGAUGCUGACCCCUUCAAGAGACCCCCCUUCAGGAAGGUGGUUGAGAGCAUCGAGCAACAGCUGUCAGAUGCCACUAAACAUAUUUAUUUGAACUUCAGUUCCAGACUCCCUGUGUUGCCUAGAGCGAGGGAGGAGCCCAGUUCUCAGAGCACAGCAGCUCACAGCUCUCACUCAGCCAGCAGUAAGAGCGCUCCAACAGAGCCCUUACUGGUUCAGCAUGAAGUCUUCAUAGAGGGGACAAUCCUUCAAGCGCAGUGGGUGUAAGGACCCACCGGACUUGUUUGGCUGCCUCAAAGUGCCUGUCAUGUUACGCCACAAAUCAUCCAACCACAACACCUGUCCGCCUCCCCCCCGUACCAGCACAAGUUGGUCUCAGAAGAGUAAAGGCCAUCUCUCACAAGCGAGAACUUCUGUGGAUAAAUGGCUUUUAACUUUGCAAUCACUGUUCUGGAUGAACUCAUGGACUAUUGCUCCCAAUCUGAAGAACUGUGAAAGACGCCACAGAGGUUGGGCGAUCAUCAACCAUUGCUGUAAAACUGUCUCAAAGUACAUCAUUUCACUGUUACAUGUUUGGUCAUUUUACACUUUUUCGUGUUUCCUUUACAUUUCAUUAAAGUUGUUUCAUAAUUUUUUUUUAUUUUUUGGGGGGGGGGGAGGGUCCCCAUAUAGCAGCUGUGUUCUGUCUUUUGGAGUUCUUUUGCUUUUUACGUUUGGUGUUUUUGGUUAUUCUCUGAUGUAAUUCGGUCAUGGAGCACCGUUUGCAGUUUCUUUGGCUGUUGCAGUUGUUGGGUGGAAAACAAAGCACACGAGGCACUUAAACUGUACUUUAUUCCAUACAUCACAUGAUGCAAAUACAAUACAACUUUUGUUUUGUCUUCUGUUUUUUUUUUUUUUUUUAUCACUUUCAUUGUCAGUAUUAUUUUUCCAACUGUGCAGAACUAUGCUGUAUGAAGUACUUUCUUGGGGGCCAAUUUGAGUUGAGAUAUGAUGACAUGGUUACACAUAUAAGCUACUAGGCAGCAUGGUCGACGACAAAUCCGUAAGUGCUUCAAGUUUAUUAGGAACGUAGAUCCGGGAUGGCAGCAACUAAAGAGCAGAUGACUUUUGGGAUUUUGUUUGCAAAUAUCACGACCAGUGCAUGACUGCAGAUACAGGAUAGAUGCAGAUAUGGUAUGCAGCCGUUCAUGCUUUGUGAUGUUGCUGACAGCUGGACUGCGAGAGGUCUCUUGUAAAGACGAAUGUAACCGUUUCCUCCUGCAUCUCCUGCUGUAUAUCUGUUUACAAGCGUUAGGUAGGUACUGCCGUUCCUCAGAAGUGGCUUCUCCGCUUUUUCGCCCCUCUCCAUCCGUUCGUGAAUGGUUCGCAAACUGUUUUUACCAACUCGGAUUGGUGUGUGGUCACCCCCAUGCUAGCGACGUAGUCCUUCAACUGUUUAUUAUGCAUUCAAGUCAAGCUGAAACCGAUGUGAUAUGCCAUUAAGUGGAUUGCAGUAUUCCCUGAGGUGACGGGAGCGAGCGACAAACAGAGCCUCGUCUUAGCUCUGCUUUCAGACGGUGACACUCAGAGUGGAACUUAUUGUGUCGGCCAUCUCAUUGUUCUCUGUCCAGUAGCUGGUUUCCUCGCCGUCCCGCUCUUCUUUUCUCGUCCAGUUGUUUCCUCUGUCGGAAGUGAGGGUUUUAAGCACCUCUCAGCCAGUCAUCUGGAGUGGUUAUCUCUCCCAGCUGUGGAUGUUGUUCCAUGGAGUGCAAGGAAAGUGUCCUGUUUGCUCGGACGAACACGCGUGUGUGUGAGUGCAUUUGUGUGUAUGAGAGAGAGCACGCACGUCCUCCUUCAUGUGAAUGAGUGUAUGUUUGCGUAGUUUAAAAGAGUUACUGUCAAGAGGUGCCACUACUAAAGAUUCAUCCUGUCCCUUAGCUUACUAAAGACCCCACAGUCUUAUUGCUCUUGUCUUUUUGUAAAUAUAAAUGUGUGUAUAUUACAAAGUAACAUCAGUGCUUUGGAAGAUGUCUAUCUUAAUGAAGAAACGGUACAUUAUUGCAGAAAUGAUUAUGCUUUAUUUUCUUAUAGGUGCACAGAUUUCCCUCUUUAGAGUCAACCACAGAAUCUGCUUUUGGCUCCUACCACUAUGACAUCUUUAACAAAAACUAUUACAUUUGGCCAAUUCCUUUCCCCCCCCUCCCACACCCGCUCCCAAUACGCCCCGACCCACCCGCUUUGCAAGUUAGGUAAUGGUCCCAGCAACACUGCUCCAAAUGGUCCAAUCUGAUCCUCCAAGAAACUAAAUGAUUUAAUAUGAUAAAAAAUUCUACAAUUAGAAAGAAGACUUCUUGAAUAACAGAGAUUAUUUUGUAUUCAAUGGCUCGCUGCAUUUCCCUGUGUGUUUAUUUAAAAGCUUUAAAGUUAUUGUGUAAAUCUGAUAUGUUGCUAUUACAAGUGUCAAUGUAAAUAAAAUUGUGUGUAUUCAACUUUCA